UUUGUGCGGAUAAGAACGACCCACUCCUCCCUCCUCCCCUCUCACAAUACCCUCUCUUCCUCGCCGCCUCAACUUUCUCUCUCUAGACACAUAGAAACUAUUGGAAAAGUCUCCCUCUGAAUCAAAGCUCACGAGGAAGAGGAAAAAGAAAAAUAACAGAGCACUACCCACUCUUUCAAACUGGCGAUCGACAAUCAAGAAACCGCUGUCCGUGAAAUCAAGCCCAAGAAUAGGCGUAUCAUGGGCGCUGGAGGACCUGAUGAAGAAGACAACAGGUGGCCGCCAUGGUUGAAGCCUCUGCUGAGAGAAAACUUCUUUGUUCAAUGCAAAUUACACGCAGAUUCACACAAGAGCGAAUGCAAUAUGUACUGCUUGGAUUGUAUGGACGGUGCUCUCUGUUCUCUCUGCCUCGCCUACCACAAGGACCACCGUGCCAUUCAGAUAAGGAGGUCAUCAUACCAUGAUGUGAUUAGAGUUUCUGAGAUACAGAAGUAUUUGGACAUUGGGUCAGUUCAGACUUACGUUAUCAACAGUGCAAAGGUCGUCUUCCUGAAUGAACGGCCACAGCCGAGGCCUGGCAAAGGCGUCACCAACACCUGCGAAGUAUGCGAGCGUAGCCUCCUCGAUUCCUUCCGAUUCUGCUCUCUGGGUUGCAAGAUUGUGGGGAUGUCCAAGAAUUUCCAGGCAAAGAAGAAGCAUUUUCCAGAGCAGAAACAUUUGAUGGCGGCAUCGGAUUCUGAGGAUUCACGCAGCAGUAGCAGCCAUGGCAGGCAGAGGAAGAGCGACGCUAACAAGGUCCAGAGCUUCAGUCCGUCAACGCCACCCCCGACUUCUGUUAAUUACAGAGUGGCCAAGAGAAGAAAGGGAAUUCCACAUAGAGCCCCUAUGGGAGGACUCAUGAUAGAGUACUACUAGUCUACUAAAACCCCACGUCUUUCUACUUAAUUACUCGCAAACCCCAUAUAUACACAUUAGCUCUCAGAAUACUCAUCCCCAGAGGAAGAAAAAAAAAAACAGUGUUUAAAGGGAUUCCCAGCUCAACCUCUCCACUAUUGUAUAUAGAUGCAGUGCCGCCAAUAGGAUGUGGUGAAAAUAGAGUGGCAAUAGUGAGAAUAAAGCAACGCGAAAUGCGUGAAGGGUGGAGAUGAAAUGUGAAAUAAAGUUAAGCUGGAGAAUUAUAGGGUGCUUUAUUAGUAAAGUUUGUUUAUACAUGAGUUUUUUGUCACUUGGUUGUUUGUUUAUGUUGAAAUGUAAAUACUGUUUUUGUGAUGAUGGUGUAAAUGUAAAACUUUGGAAA